CAAUUCCCGUACAAAUACCUACCAUUAUAGUCUGGAAAACUAACUACCCUACUCAUGCCUUCCUCGUCACCGACUACCUCUAAGAAGGCAGCUCUCUCGCUGAAGAAUCAUUUAGACAUCUGGGGAAAGGAGUUCGCUCGCAAUCCGAAGCCAUCUCUCGCUCGAAGGGAAAACAUAGCCGAACGAUCGGGGAAAUCUCUGGCACAAGUAAACAAAUGGUUCGAAAAGCAGCGAAGAAAGGAUCGUGAAUCUCGAGCUGGGAAAGCUUCGCUCGCAAAAACAAACCAACCCAAGCACAGUUCAGCCCUGGAUGGGGAUGUGGAUGUGGAGGAACGGAUUCUAUUCAGCCCGAUAUCCCAUGUACUUGGGAAACUCAAUGUGCUUUACUCACACCAUCUCACAGUAAGCCGGGCCAAGGCAACAGCAUGGGCCGAUGCGCUGGAAAUAUCGGGAGAACCCUAUCCCAAAGAUAUAAUUCAUAGAUGGCUAGACUGGAAACGCUCCCAGGUGGCUGAAGAUGAUCAAGAUGAUGAAGACGAUGAGACAAUUGUGGUAGAUGACAGAAGCCGCGAACUUCUGACUCCCAUAUCUCCUGUUAGUUCACCUCCAAGACCUAAACCGACCACUGUGCGUUCCCCGCUGAAGAUUAGAAUUUCCCGCCCGAUCACCCAUUCAACUCCUCAUCUCCCUAACUCCCCCUCUGUCACAGCCUCACUAUCGUCCUCGCCAAUGUCUCCAGUUUCGAGGUUCAACGGAAGGUCACUUAGUGAUAGCCUGCCGUCGCCAUUCGUGACGAUAUCCUCAACUUCACCUCCCUCCACAUUGUCAUUUUUCCCAAUCGAGCCUUAUAGCUCCCUCAGCACACCCCCUCAAUUUCAGUCUUUCAAGGCUUUCCUUAAAUCUCGUCACCCUUCAAGGGCCAGCAUUGCUUCGAACAGUAUCAGUGAUGACAACAAGUCUGGGGUCCUCGUGGAGCUUUCCAGACUUGAGGAGCAGUCAAGGAGGACUUUGGACAUUCUUCAGUUUGUUGCGCAAUGCUAGGCCUCUUCUGGCUGGAACGCCAUGCCCCUUUUGUCAUUUGUUCAACUGUAUCAUGAUUUUGGCUCUAUAGUUAUAGUCACUUGUCAUCCUCAGCAGGACAGGGUGUUUAUGCCAUGAAACUUCGUUGGGUCUUUGCCAAAGUUUUCA